GGCACCGGAAAAGCCGUCGUUGAUUUCAGAUAAUGCUGAGACGAUCCCUUGUGUUUAUUUACUCUGAUAAGUCGAGUUUCAAGUACAAACUGCAUUGCAUGGGAGUCUCCUGUUCCAGUAAAAUGGCUUCAAACAUGGAGUGGAAGUCAGCAACUAGCAUUUAUAACUUCAAUGCAAAGGAUAUAGAUGGAAAUGAUGUUUCACUUGAAAAAUACAGUGGCCAUGUUUGCCUAAUUGUGAAUGUGGCAACCAAGUGAGGUAUGACGGCGAAGAACUACGACCAGCUAGCAAAACUGCACGCCAAAUAUGCUGAGUCGAAGGGUCUUCGCAUUCUGUUGUUUCCAUGCAACCAGUUCGGAGGUCAGGAGCCAGCGCCUGAGCCAAAGAUCAAGGAGUUCAUGUUACAACACAGUGACGGGUUCGAAAUGUUUAGUAAGAUAAACGUGAAUGGCAGCGAUGCCCAUCCUCUCUAUCACUACCUUAAACACAAACAGGGAGGCACCCUUGGGAAUUUUAUAAAAUGGAACUUCACGAAAUUCCUAGUCGAUAAGAAUGGAAUUCCAGUCAAAAGAUAUGCACCUAACACUGAACCCUUUUCCUGUGAGAAAGACUUUGAGAAGUAUUGGUAGCUAAACCCCAAGAGUUCUUGCAAUCCAGAUUUGUUCCCGCUUCAUGAAGGAUAUAUUUAUUUUUUUGUCGUGAAAGAACGGAAUAAAAAUGUCCUUAAAAGUCUUGGUCUUGCAGUGACAAUAGAUUCUGGAUUUAUAUUUUAAAAGAGACAUUAAAAAAGGUAUUUACCAAAUUGGGGAAAGAUUUAUGGAACCAUAUUCUGUGAAUUCAAACAUCAAUUGAUGACACAUAUAUUAUUGUGAUGUUUUAUUAUUGUGAAAUUUGUUUAUUUUGAAAAAAAAACUUGUCAGCUAAGAGUUUACCCGAAGUAUUGGUUAGUGUUUAUCAAUUUAAACGUGGUCAGGUCAGGCACAGGUGGUUGACUACUUUAAAUUGAUAUGUUUAAACAAACAUUAAACAGCUUAGUGUUCAAAAUUGGGUUUUGUCCGCUGGCCAAGACUCUAUGUAAAAUAGCUGAUAUACCUGGUCAAAAUCAAUAGAAGUUACCUGCUACUUGCCAAAAUAAAUUUAUGGCAUAUUUGAAAAAUACCGCAAGCUCAUUGGACAAAAUGUACUUUCGAACAUCAAGUAUUAUUUACACUUUGAUAUCAAGUAAAUGCGAAAAUUUGAUAACAUAUUUCUGAAAUGUUUCAUUUUGUAGUAUAAGUGAUGAUAAAAAGUGGAAAGUGACUAUAAAAAUGAUUUUAUGAGCAAAUGACUGACAGUCAGUCCGAAGACAUGAACAUGUAGUAAAAUCUGCAUGAUACACAAACCAGUUUGUAAGUUUGCAUUAUGUUGAAAGAGAAACAUUGAUAGGUUGUUUUAACAGUAUUUAUUUUUUGAUAGCAUUGGUAUAUAAUAUAGAAGACACAAGAAGGCAUGAGAAGUUUUUAUGUACACAAAUGUAUACUUUUAGAUCUAUUUUUUAAUUAUAGCUGUUUUUGUUGUUGGUUGCGUUCUGUUUUAUCAAUAAUUUCAGGGCAAAGCAAUUUUACAUGUAGAGUCAUUUCACAUGUACUUAAAUACACCUGAUAUAUAUAUUUGUUUCAUAUCAAAAGUUCAAAAUUCAUUAUUGUAAUUUUCAUGUGUUGUUUUUAUCCUGAAUUUGAGCAGUACCAAAUACGCUUAAAAAUACCUCUGUGAAUACCUCUAAGUCCUCCGACUUAUAAAGAGUUAUAUGAUUUCGAGUUUACCCUAGACUGGUUCAGAAAGGAGAGGCUGACAGUAGACUUAAUGACGGAAAAUUUUAUAAACCAGUCAACUGGAUAUUUUUUCCUGACUCUUCAUUGGCGUGCGGAAACUGUCUAGCUGUCUGCCUUGAAUUUUAGAUCAAGUCAUGUGUAAACAGAAUGUCUAUAUAAAUUUGCUGGGUAUUGUUUUUGUAUAUUAUGUUGUUGAUUGAUUCUCCUGUUGUGGUAUGUUUAGUUUUACAUUAUGUUCAUAUUGAUGUUGUUGCAACUACAUUCCCUACAGUCCUCUGGUUUUGAACUAUCAUUUGAUUGUUAACAUUGUUAUUUUGUAUUUCCUCUAAGUGUCGGUCAAUAAAGCAGUUGAUAAUUAUG